CGUUCGCUAGUGAGUUUGCUUCCGCAAAGAUGAAGCUUUUAUUUGUAUUUUGUUGUUUAAGCGCCGGUUGUAUUUUAUGGACCGAAGCAAGUCCAUUUCUAUUUAAUCUACAAAAAAAUGUUCAAAUCCAAAGACAACCAGUAGUACGUCAACAAGGUUUCAACUUUGGAUUUGGGGGUAUAAUCUCAAAAUGGUUCCCUAGUAUAGUUGUUAAUAAGCAAUUCGGAACAAGAAGACCGAAAGCAUCACAACGACCAGUAAUCGAAGUGACAACAGUUUUUGAGCCAUCUGGUGACCUUGACAAGGAAGAUGUAACAACAUCAACCACCACAAAGUUACCUGCAGAAGUUAUCGACAUUUUCGGUGAGAAACCGUCAUCGAGUUCAAGUGAGAGUCCAGUUGAUGAAGUAGAAAAAGACUCAUCAACAACAACAACCACAACAACAACCGAGGAGCCUUCAGAAGAAGUUAACAACUAUACGGAAGAAGAAACUACAUCAACAUCAACAACAACUGCAUUGCCUUUCGAAGAAAUCGAACCAUUCACCGAAAGCAAGACUUCAACAACAACAACAGAAUUACCUUUUGAGGAAACUGAACCUGAGACUAACCCCUCAUCAAAUGAAAGUGAAGGUUCUGAGCUUUCUACCGACAUCAAAACUUCAACCACCACAACAACAACCACAACAGAAUCAACUUAUGAGGAAAUCGAAAAUAACAAUGAGAAUGCGUCUUCUUUAACUGAAGGUUCUCAAUAUGUCACUGAUAGUAAAACCUCAACCACAGAAAUACCAUCCGAAGGAAACAGUGAUGCUUCAACAACAUCAAAUGCUGAGUCACUAAUAAAUUCCAUUGGAUUUACAACAGAGGGUUAUACCACAUCAAGUUCCUCAAGUUCCACAGAAGAUAGCAAACCAGAUGUCGAAUACCUGCCCUCAGGCUCAGAUAAGGAAGAAGUAGCUGAUAUCAAGCCAACGACCUACAGACCACUUUAUGUUCCCACAACAUUUACCACAACUACAACAACUACAACGAUUGCCCCUUGGAAAGAGACACCUGCUAACAUUGUUAAUACUGGAGGUUAUGUUGAUGUAAACAAACCCAUUGAAUCCUACGUAUAUGUCCGUCCUCAGGUAUCGUUUGAAGAUAUUCAGCUAAACGAAGUAUCACCCAAGGCUAGACCCUUCGAGAGUAUAUCUCUAGUUGGUACAACCAGUAAUGGAAAACGAGUCGAAAGAACUUACAAGCCCCAACCUGAGCCUAUCGGGGUAAUCAAUGAAAGACCCAGAGUAACCUUCUAUUCGAAUUACUAGUGAGAAGAUAGGUUUGCUUGCGAGUUUCUAUUCCAAUUCCGAUUAACUCCUAUAAGAAGUUAAAAAAAAAACCGAAAGACUGAGAUGGAAAAAUUCUUAAAUUAUGGACAAACACGAAUAAAAUAUUCCGAGAUGACUAAUUUUAAGCUUUUGUAUGCUUUACUUUGAUUUGAAUGAAAUGUCAAGGUGAAAUAAAAAUUAUUGUUUUUUUUUAGAAAAAAAAGAAGAAAAUUA